AUGGCUCGAGCUGGGCUGCUGCUCCUCGGCCUGCUCCCGGUGUCCGCCGUGCCGGGAGGAUGUCCAGCAGGAUUCGGCCGGCCUGUGCGGGGCAGUCCGUGCAUGAUCUGCCCCGAGGGGACGUACAGCCCCGAAGGGGAGAUGCUCUGCCAGAGAUGUACAGCUGGUACCUGGAGCGACAUUCGCGGAGCAAGUAAGGUGGAGGAGUGCCACAAGUGCUCCGAGGGCACGUGGAGCAGCCAGGAGGGGGCUAUCUCACCUGAGGCGGACCUGUCAACCGAACGAUCAGUGACCAAGUCAGUCUCAUGA